AUGCAACGAGGCCACCAACACCGAGGAACGAGCAAGGAUAAUCAUCAAAAAGGGCCUUUGCAAGAUUUGCCUGCACGCCCACGUCGCAUAACAGUGCUGGAAAUCCAAACGAUGUUGGUACUGCAACUCAACACAACACAACAGGGCCAAGGGUCACAACAAGAAGUCAGAGUGUACAACGUCAACGAGAAGCUGAAGAAAGAAAACAACAAUCAACUUCACAAGUCGAUCUGA